AUGAAGAUUCUCAGCCUUAACUUUCUGACGUGCGCCGUCAAGGCAUGCAAGUCCUCCACCGCCUCGUACCCGCUGCACCCCAAGGACGCUGAGCUCGUGCAAGACGAAAUUGAGCUGAAUGAGCAGAUGCUGCUUAACGUGCUGCCCCGCCUGGAUUGGACUGCGCUGCGGACAAACGCGACUGAGCUUGGCUUCCCCGAACUCCCUGCCGAGGCGCCUACCGCUGAGGCCCUGCAGAGCGACGAGAAGACGCUCAAGGACUUGCACCACCUUCUCAUGGAAACGCAGAUCUUGGAGGGCAAGCUCGUGUGCGGCAACUGCGGCCACGAGUACGCUAUUCGCGAGGGCAUUGCUAACUUCCUGCUCCCGAGCCACCUGGUCUAA